AUGACGUCCGAAAUGAAACAUGUCCGAGUUGGCGACUCCGGUCUCAAGGUCUCCCAAAUCAUCCUAGGAUGCAUGAGUUUCGGCGACAAGAACUGGCAGCCCUGGCUUCUCGAUAAGGACGAGGCUCUCCCGGUCCUCAGGUAUGCCUUCGACAAAGGCAUCAACACGUGGGAUGUCGCCGAUACAUACUCGAAUGGAGAGUCGGAGAGGAUCCUCGGCGCGGCUAUCAAGCACUAUAACAUUCCCCGCUCCAAGUUGGUCAUUAUGUCCAAGUGCUUCCAGUUUGUCGACGAGGAGAAAGGCCCUAUAGAUCCAGCAACUCUCACCAGUAACAAUGGUCCUCGUGUCAACAGAGUUGGUCUCUCUCGGAAGCAUAUUCUUGACGCGGAUGGACAUGAUGUUCCUCCGAAGGAGAUUAUGAAAGCACUCAAUGAUGUGAUCGAAAGUGGAAAGGUUCGCUAUAUUGGUGCCAGCUCGAAGAUGGCAGUUCUUGCACAUUCCUGGACAGACAGAACAGAUGCUCGAGAACAGAAAGACCCAUUCCUCAAGCUUCUAUUCCGCAGUGAAGACCAAAAUACCAAUCGAGCCGUCGUUGGCCGUGUUGAGGAGUUGGCUCAGAAGAAGGGUGUCGCCAUGGCCCAGAUCGCGCAGUCUUGGUUGAUUGCAAAGGGAUUCAUGCCUAUCUGCGGCUUAGAAAGUGAAGAAAGAAUUGAUCAGGCAGUGGAAGCACUUCAGGUGACACUAAGCGAUGAGGAGAUCAAGUAUAUCGAAGAGCUCUAUGUUCCCAAGAUGUCGUUCCCUUUCUGA